CUGAUCUGUGUCUGUGUGAGACCACAUUGCUCUGGUGCCCUGUAUGCCCUGGAAACACAACGCCCAGCGCAAAUCUGGUGACUGGCUGGCUGGAAUACCACCCUACCCCUUCUCCUUCUGAGGACAUCCCAUUCCAGGACGGUGCUUCACUCUUACUUCCCCUCAGCAUGGAGCCAACCAAAGUCCAGUCAGAGGGUGGCCUCAAUGUCACCCUGACCAUCCGCCUCCUCAUGCACGGAAAAGAGGUUGGAAGUAUAAUUGGAAAGAAAGGGGAAACGGUAAAAAAGAUGCGAGAAGAGAGCGGAGCACGAAUCAAUAUUUCUGAGGGGAACUGUCCGGAGAGAAUUGUCACCAUCACUGGACCAACAGACACCAUCUUUAAGGCUUUUGCUAUGAUUGCCUACAAAUUUGAGGAGGACAUAAUCAAUUCCAUGAGCAACAGCCCAGCAACCAGCAAGCCCCCAGUCACCUUAAGGCUUGUCGUGCCAGCCAGCCAGUGUGGCUCCCUCAUAGGUAAAGGAGGCUCCAAAAUAAAAGAAAUGAGAGAGUCCACAGGGGCCCAGGUUCAGGUGGCAGGAGACAUGCUGCCCAACUCCACAGAACGUGCAGUGACAAUCUCUGGAACCCCAGAAGCCAUCAUCCAGUGUGUCAAACAGAUCUGUGUGGUCAUGCUGGAGUCUCCACCAAAAGGUGCCACCAUCCCUUAUCGCCCAAAGCCCGCCUCCACGCCGGUCAUUUUUUCCGGUGGCCAGGCCUAUACAAUUCAGGGACAGUACGCCAUACCACACCCAGAUCAGUUGACCAAGCUCCACCAGUUGGCUAUGCAGCAAACCCCCUUUACCCCUCUCGGACAGACCACCCCUGCUUUCCCUGGUUUGGAUGCCAGUCCACCAGCCAGCACCCAUGAACUCACCAUUCCCAAUGAUCUAAUAGGCUGCAUCAUUGGACGCCAGGGAACCAAAAUAAAUGAGAUUCGACAGAUGUCUGGGGCGCAGAUCAAAAUUGCGAACGCCAUGGAGGGCUCGUCGGAGCGCCAGAUCACCAUAACAGGGACUCCUGCUAACAUCAGCCUGGCCCAGUAUCUCAUCAAUGCCAGGUUCAGGGACGUGGCUGCCAUGUGGAAUGACCCCUCAUCCAUGACUACAUCCUGAAGUCACAACCAAAUCUGCUUCUGUUUGCAGAAGUUAACAUCAAAACCGUCGCUUCACAAUAAACCUCUAUGUGUUGUCCCACUGCACUUCCCUAAGACUCCCAUGGUUCUGCAAAACACUUUAGCAUUAGCCUGUGGGAGACCUAUAGUAAGAGUCAGACUAACAGCACAGGGAUUUGUUUUAAAUGGAUGUAGCCAGUGUAUUGUUAAAAAUAGUUUGACAUUUUGGGAUAUUCAGUUAUUAUUAUUAUCAUGAUAAGUAUUGCUUGGAGUUCGAUAAGAAGGUUCCAUUCUCAUCUCUGUCAGUUAGCCUACAUAUAAAGGUAGAUUCAAGAGAUGAUUAGCUUCGCCUGGUAAAGGCUGGAAAUUGCUAACCUGGCUCUGUUCAAAAGUUACAAAAUCUGCAUACCAGCACCCUCUAAAGGCCACCAAAGCCUUGUUUACAGUGUAUAGUUUAUCUUAACCUUUCCUAGAUUUGGUACAGGACUGGGUGGAGAAAAAAAUGCAUUGGUUGCAAUCACUUGGUUAGGGUUAGGGUUGGGCUUGGGCUUGGGGUUAGGGUGAGAUGCGACAUGGGACUUCUUGCACAAACCCGCUUGAAGUCCUGUAUUGCGCAAGUGACAAGUCUGUGACAAUACAUUUGUUUGAACUUCUAGUAUCAACCUUGCUUGCUUGGAAUCAUGACCAAAGUGGUACCAAAAAAAUUAUCAGGGACAAGGUGCUAUCUACAACUUUUGCUGAUGGAAAACCAAGAAAAAGCAAGUUGAGUUGAGCAGAGCCAUGUUUCAUUUAGUUCUGAAAAUACAGCAGACCUAAGCAUGGUGAUUGGUAUUCACAUGGAUAACAGUACUCCCAAAGGUCACUGCUCCUAUCAAAGACAUAGUUUGGCCAGAAUAACAAAGAAAUAAUGUACAUAGUUAAGGUGACAUCAUCCAUUGGUUUGUGGGCUCCCAUUCUGACACUUCAAGUUCAGAGUUACAGCCAAUGCUGUCUUAGAUUUUUGGAGCCGGAAGUGACCAUAUUUGGGUGAAAGGCUGGCACUGUAGAGGAGUGAGGGGUGGAUCUGACUGCGAAGCCUAUGACACUAUGCAGCCUUCCAACCAAAGUGGCCCUACCUUAAUUAUGCAUAACUUAAAACCUUCAUAAAAUGUAAAUAGGUGACUGAUAGAGAAAUCGACCACCAAACAGAUGUCAUGAAGAGGAAAAUUAGCCCAAUUUUUUUGCAUCAGACUGUACACACACAGUAUUUCUGUUGUAAAGCUGGACAUCUGGGUUCUGUGGCCUCUAGUGGCCAUUAGAGGAACUGCAUUUUUUGGCUUGUUUUUGUGUGUGUCUGCUUCAGCUUUCAGUCCUGGAGGCUGUUGCUUGAGUUUGUCACAUAAUUUAAUUUUUUGCACAUCAGUUUUUCUAAGAAUUAAAAACAAACACACUCACAAAGUAAGUUUUACAUGUUUUACAAGUUUUACUCUGCUACCUAAAAACAGAGCCAGAGCCAGGCUAACUGUUUGCAGUAUUUAUUCUAAGCUAAGCUUACCAUCUCCUGGUUUUAACAUGAGAAUAGUACAGAUCUUGUCUUAGUGCAACAAGUUUAUAAGCAUAUUUCCCAAAAUGUCGCACUAUAUAUCUACAAGUAUUUAUUUAGCAUGCCUCAUUCCUACAAAUAUAUUGUGUUUUUUUGUCAUUACUACAGUAUAGUAGCUACUUUUGCCAAUUUAGUCCUAUUGUGUCUUGAAAGAGUAAAAUGCAUAAAAACUGUAAAAUAAACAAAAAAGCUAAGAAAAAAAGGACAAAACACAUGACUGCCACUUGAGCAAUGCUGUUAGAAAGAAGAGUGAUGUGAUGCCUCUGUCAGGGAAUCAGCAAUUUCUACACUGAACGUUUUUCAUGACACCACCAUUCUUUUCUGCCCACUGCAUGGCUUCAUGAGGGGGUUCGAAUUGCAUGGUUAUGUUACCAUAUUUUUCUUUUAAAAAGUUACAAUGUUUUAUGUGAAAAGGUACAAUAAAAAUAUGGUAUCAAAUCUGUGUAAAACCACAAAACAAAUAUUUGAGCUCAAAGCCAGCCAUUGCAGCAUAACUUUCACUCUCAAGCGAAAGUUCUUCUUUCACAGCUGUUUUAUUUUUUCUCUGUCUGCCUCCCUACCCUUCCCUCCUCCCUGCUCCUCCUCCUCCCCCACCUCCCCUGAACUGUUCUAGGCUGACGACUGAAGUCACUGGAAUGGGCACACUCUAAUUUCUACCCAUCUUCCCUCAGUGCAUCACAUGACCUUUGAGCAAAUGGCAUUGCACCUAUAAAUUCAUUAUUUCUCUGUAUUUUGACUGUCCUGAUAUUUAAGUGACUUUAACCUUUAUGAUUUCUAGUAUUUACUGUAAACACAUGUAUCUGCACUGUCACUAGGAUUUCUCACACCUCUCCGAAACCCUGUUGUUUCUGUUUCUGAAAGGUCGCUUUACUUUUUUGACACUCUAGUACCUUUCAUGGCAUCUCACGCACUGCUCGUCUUUGUUUUUUCCUCAUGUUUUAGCACCUCACUGUACUUUCUUUCUUGCACUGCAGACACCUGAAAGUAAAUGCAAAUUAAACCUAAAAAAUGGUAUAGAAAUUCAAACCAAGGUUGCCCCUUUCUCCACCCCUCAUUCUAAUGUGUAGAACAUUUUUAUUUCAUAUUCAAACAACCUGUGUCAAUAAGCAACCCUAAAUCAGGUAUUUUAUUCCAGUUUAGCACAUAUACACUGUGCUUUAUUGUGUGCCUGUAGACUUUUGCCUGCGUCUCUGAGUGUUGUAUGCACACUAUAGAUUGAUCUGCAUGACACACAAAACCGACUGCAUUUCCAAUUUAUUUCAAAAUCAAACAGCUAGAAACAAAAUCUGAAUGGUGAAAGGGAACACGCUAUGAACAGUCUAUUCUAAUGUGUCACUCUGACUCCGAUCUGAAAUGACCUCAUCGGCGCAGGUCAAUAAACAUCCACUGUAAUACACAGAUAUCCGUCUUUCCGAGUUCUUAUGUAAGACCUGACACAAAGGUUGGUUGGGAAAAAAAAUGGAAAUUAGCCAAGUACAUGACAGCAGUGAAGAGAGAAAUCCAAAUGCAUGCUAGAAAUAAAGCCUUCUUUAUUCGCCCAUACUCCACCAACAUCAUAUAAUCAUGUUAUUCAUGCUGCCAUCAUAACAGCUAUGUAUAAGAGGCAUGGGCUGUAUAGAAAGAGCUGAGAACUGAAGUAUAUAUUUACACUUAAUUAAAGGUUGGGCUGUUUUUCACACCUGUUGGCCAACAUCAAGCCAUUCCAGACUGUGUAUCUGGUUAGCAUGUAUGACUCAUUUUGUUGCAUAUGUAUCUAAAAUGAAGUACCUUUUGGUUUUGCAGGUUAUGUCAGUCCAUCAAGCUACCUACGUGCAAGGUUACAUAUACAUUUACGUAUGAGUCUCUGCAGUUGCCAUGUAAUACAGAAUCUCCUAGGUUACACCACAUUGUAUGUGUUUCAGCUUGCCUCACUAACAAAUGCACACACCCCAACCUGCAUCAAUGUUCAAACUGAAGCUGAAUGUAUUUCAAAAUCUUUUUUUAAUACUUUUAAUUCAUUCUCAUACUGGAUUUAAACAUCUUCAAUGGUGUAUUUUCAACCAUACACUUAAAUGAAUACGCAAGAAUAUAAUGCAGAACGAUGAAUAUAGUAGAGUAGAAAUACUUAUUUAUCGAAAAUUAAACAUUUUUAAGUUAGGGCAGUUUACUCUGAAAUUGAUGUCUGUUACAGAUGACCGAAUUUAUCAUGCUAGAUACAUCCGAUGUUAUUUCAUCUGAUUAUUUUGUGUUUUGUUACAUAUCAAAUAUAAACCAAGACUUUAACGUAUGUUCUGCAAACAUUUGAAUGUACACCAAGUUCUCACCCCCAACUCGUCAAAUACAGCAGCUCGGUCAGUGUCCCUAAGCUUCAUUUUUUGACACUCUAGGUACCCCUCUAACAUCAGUUUUGGACGUUGAGGGAUGGUGUGUCAAAAUAAACUUCCUUGUUCACAGAAAACAUUACAGGAGUCAAGGUGAUGUCACAACAUCACCGCCAGUUUUUGUUUGGCGUAAGGGGGGUUUACUCUGUUCUAUACACUGCAAAAUCACGAUGAGGACUUAAUUUUUUUUUUUUUUUUUUAUUUUCUUUUGUGGUUAGUUUCACAAUCUUGAGUAACAAUUUGUUUGAAGAGGCCAGCAUGGCAAAAUGGCCAACAUGGUAAAAUGACCAACAUGGAGUUUGAUAUCUUGAAGCCCUUUCUGGUGAUACAAAGGCAAGAUAUGGCCCCGAUCAGUCUUCAAUCAUGCCGAGGUUGUUUCAGUAGAUACCACUACCUUUGUGCAAGCUUAAAAAAUGAGUGAAAAACUUCAUAUCAUUAUUAUAUGGAUUAUCUGUAUGAAAUUUGUGUAGUAGGAGAUUGUGUAGAACAGACAUAAGUGUGAUUUGCCUUGGGGGGGCACGGCCUGUUUUAGUUGUCCCCAUCUCUAUUUAUGUGAGCUAUUGCUAUGUCCAUCACUCACUUUUUUCCUUACAAUUCCUCAUAGCUUUAUCUAGUCUGGUUGGAUGUCAGGCCAGUCAACCCCCAGCUCUUCAGCAUGUUAACUCUGUUGUUAUGAAGACAAUGGUCUUCAUUUGCUGCAUGUCUGAGCAAUUCUCUGCACUGCUACAAACAAUGCUGUAAAUUAUCUUUUCCCAUGCCAUAGUUGUGUAGCAACAACAGGUCAAAGUUGACUUUAAGAAUAGGUUUUGUCAUCAAAACUACUUUAGGUUCAGGCAGCCAAACUCCUUGGUUAUAAUUAGGAUAAACAUCAUGGCUUGGGUUCAAAUAAGUAUCUUGAUGGUUUUUUUUUUUUUUUUACAUGACUUAAAGUAAUUUAAGGAGUCUGUCAUGUGAUGAAUGUUAAGCAACGUAUAUGACACUUAUGUCAGGUGAUGGUAAAAACAUUAUGUAAUAGGAAAAAGUCAAAACUUGCUUUUGGUUUCACACAGAAUUUGAACAGUUUCCUGGGUGACAUUCCUGUGUUUGUUUGACCCAUCCCUCAAUGGCACUCUAUGUGGACUCUCAGUCUUCAUUUUCAGCAGUUAGUUAAGAUGCUGUAUUUGACGCCCUGGCAAUGAGAACAGGCUAAAAUCGAUGGUUUUCCCAGCAUCUGCGGCUCUCAUUUCAAAUUAUAAGCUACAAGAUUGUUUUAAAAAAAAAAAAAAUAUCAAUCACUUGACAGUCAAACAUGACACUACAACAAGUAAUAUGAUGUUAAUCUGAUGGCUGUGUGUUACUGAUUGCAGGUAGCUACAAUUCUGAAUCCACCUUAUCGUCAUACAAUUACACAUUUUUCUCCCAAAGCCUGGAUAUGCAUUACUCACCAUGAUAACUAUAAAAACAGUAUUUGGGGAAUAUUAUUUGCAGCAUUGCAGUUUAGGCUCAGGAACUUGGCCUUUGGUUAGAAUUGAAUAUACGUCAGUUGUGAGUCUGAUACGUUGUAUUUGUUUGAAACAAGGCUGCUUUACAUUACUACAUUUACAUUUUACAUUUACACAUUGCUUCACAUUUACAUAUGAAUGUAAAAUCUGUACAUUAGCGAUCAUCUGGCUGCAUCCAGAUGAUGAAACAAGAAUUGCUGAGUGAGGGCUAGCAGAUUUUUAAUGUGUCAUAUAAAAAUGUUCCGUCAUCUACAGAAUCAGAUCUUUAAAGCAGUUUGAUGUCUUCUGUAAAGUUCACAUUGAUGGUUGUGUUUGUAGGCUAAAGGUGUCUGCUGGUUGUGUGCAGGCAGGCAGGCCAGCCAAGACACAGUCAUGCUACUUCACAGUUUGAUUGAUUUGCAAACUUCUCAGUUGCCUUUUGAUUGUCAUAUCUUUCACAAUCAUGGCAUGUGCUCAUCAUUCUACAAUGCCGUACGAGUCAAACACCUCUUGUUAAGUUGCUUUUGUCAUUUUACCUUUACAUUAACACUUUUUUUGUUACUGUGCUAGAGCAGCAAAAAAUUAAAGGCUAGCACUACAUGAUGCUGUUUUAAGAAAAGUGUCUGAUCAUGUUUAGGUUUUAUCAUUUGCUUCUUAAAGGUCUGUAUUGGUUUUAUUAUUAUUUAUUGAGGUUGAGUCUGAAAUGUUUUGUAAAAAGAAGAG